UCAUCGUCCCGUACACAUGACCCUGAACAGUAAAAGCAAUGUGGGGUGUAUCGUUGCAGAGGAGAUGUUUACACCACUCUUUCUGUUUAAUGAAGAAGCAGAAAGGUAAAACUCCCGCAGAGCAGCGCUGGCUCACGCGACAGCUCAAAGACCCGUAUGUCAAAGCCUCUCACGCGCAAAACUUUCGAUGCAGAAGCGCCUUCAAGCUGCUAGAGAUAGAUGACAAGUUCAGGGUGUUACAGCCUGGAGACAGUGUGGUGGACUGCGGGGCUGCACCUGGAGCCUGGAGCCAGGUGGCCGUCCAGAGGGUCAACUCGGCCGGGACAGAUCCAGAGUUACGGCGGGGUACAGUCGUUGGCAUUGAUCUGCUGAACAUACCUCCUCUGGAAGGUGCCCACUUCCUGUCCAGUCACGAUGUCACCGACCCCGCCACACACGCCAAGCUGCUGGAGCUGCUCCCCAACGGACAGGCUCACGUCAUCCUGAGCGACAUGGCGCCAAACGCCAGCGGUUUUCGAGAGAUGGACCACGAGAAACUCAUCGUGAUGUGUUUGUCUUUGAUAGACUUGGCUGAGAGGAUUUUACAGCCGGGGGGAUCUCUGGUUUGUAAGUACUGGGACGGGAUCCUGGUUCAGAAACUCCAGGGGAAGCUCUCGAGCGUGUUCGGCAGUGUUCGGACUUUAAAGCCAAACGCUAGCAGGAAGGAUUCGUCUGAGAGAUAUUUCCUUGCUAGAAUGUACAGAAAGCCAGUGAGAUGAUGGUAGCUGUCUUUUAUUUCCCUUGUGUGUAUCCUAAAAUGAAAUUUGAAUAUUCUGUUGAGAUUCACAAAAAGUGCCCCACUGUGUUUUUGAUCAGUCUGAUCUUGAGGAUGAGGCCUCACUUAAUACCUUUGAUCAAAAGGUGGCACUGUUGAGGCAUCGGUGAAGGCUCGCGGCUCCAGGCAAAGGCACAUCAAAUGCUGCUGGUGUUGAUUUUCAUCCCAGCAAACUUAACACAGUAGCAUCAGUGAAUCAGUAAUAUGUAAGCCUAUGCAAGAAUCAUCGGUGUGAUAUUCCUCAAGAGCCCGAUGCUGUGUUUUCUCUGAAGUUAUUGUUUGCCCCACAGUGUUUGUUCUACACACUCAGUUUGCUAUUUGCUUUGUUACAGAAAGUCAUUUACCAGUGCUGCUUAUGCUAAUAAUUUGCACUGCCAGCCAUGUAGAAAUAUGUAAUCAUUCUCUCAUUCAGAGUUUAUGAAGGGAAAACCUAAUACAUAAGAGUCACAUACAGCAUGACUAAUGGGAAGUGGGAUGAUGCUGGAGCUUGGCACGCUGCGAGUGUUGCUGGGCUCUGCUCUCUGACAGUGGAGAGAUGGCCAUUUCCUGGGAAAAUAUUUUCAGGCCAGUAGACAGAUUUUAAGAUUCUUCUUUAAAUCACUGUGCUGAACACUUUGGAGAAGGGCUAUUUAUUUUGUUUGUGUCUGCGAUUCUGUUCUGUUGUGAGUUUGGAACCACUGCUAAUGAAAUAAAAGGAUGUUUCUGUCAGA